CGCGGAGAUCGAGUGGCCGUUUUAUUACUAAUCGUGUGGUUUUUUUUUUUGAAGGGGAUUAUUACCCGCGGAAAAGCGAGCAGCCAAUUGACGUGACGAACAACCGGGUUCCUACUGACCGCUGGUAAACCGGGGCGGGUGGGCGUGAGGCAACUUGGCUAAGGUUUCGCCCCGACCCGCCCGGGAAUCGAACCCGGGUCCUCUGGCCUUGCGAGGUUCAGGGAGAAUGUCAUUUCCUGCCCUCCGACCCGUUGCUGUUUGUGUGUUGACUUUGCGUCCAUUUUUAUUGUGAAAUAAGAUGGCAACUCAUGGCCUCUCCCAGGCCUGAGGAGUGUUCCACAGAACCCAGCGUCAAGCAGCACUACAAAGCCUGCAGCCUGCCCACCACCUCCAAACCCCUCCAUUACCAGCCGCAGGAGACCAGGCCUGGGUACUCGGUCACUCAGCACCCACUGUGGGAGUGGGACAGCUAUAAUGUGAUCGUGCCCGUCCGUAAACAGUACACCUGCUCAGGGACAACACAGUAUGUCGCUUGCCACCCCAACUUCUCUCUGCCUGGGAACAGCGGCAGGACGUUAACACAGAGCGCCCACAAUGGCUUCCAUUCCAAUGUUCUGAUCAGCCCCUUCGAGAAAGCCACCUUCUACGACCGCGCGGGCUAUGGCUGCAGAUCCUACCAGAGGCUGGAGUCCCUCAGCUCGCGAUUCGGGAGCCUAGGCAGGAGAACCAGCUCGCCCCCCUCAGGUUACACCGGGGCCUCUGCCCACUCCUUCCCCUCCCGGGCGCUGUCUUGUGAAAACCUGAUGAAGCCCGAUGGGGGGGUCACUUCCUUCUCCCAGCACUUUGGCCCGACAGGCUCGCGCAACGAGUUCCUGCUCCUGGGCAAGAACAGUUCCACGCUCCCCAACAAGCCUACCUCACUGACCCGCAGGCCCGCGCUGAACACCAAUGCGUUCAUGAGACCCACCAGCGCCAAAGUGCCUUUGCACGGGAAGUGGGACGUCAAGACCACCGCAGCCAACGGCAGCAGCAAUGAGAACGGCGAACCGGACAGCCCCGGGAGAUACAUAGUGGGCAGCCCUCGCAACCCGUCAGGAUCCGCUGUGUACAACAGCACGGCCCUGAAGAUCGAGAGGGCCCUGUUUCAGAACGAACACUCUGCGGGCAACCUGAAGAGCGCCAUCAAGCUGAAGACCAACGGGGGAGGGGGGCCGGAGAUCAAGUUCACGGAAGCGAUCAGGAAACUAUCGGACUACCGCCUCCAGAAGAACUCCGCCCACGAGCGAUGCGUGACCUUCUCGAAGGGCACGGAGAACGUCUCCUCCCAGAACGCCUACUUCCAGACGAUCUCGCUGGGCGCCGCGGGCAAGAUGAAGCGGGCACUGCCCAACUUCUUCCAGGAGAAAGCCAGCUCCCCGUUCAUCUCCAAGCCGGAGAAGAUCUUCCCCGGCGGUAACCUGGAGCACCUCGCGAAGGAGAUCAAGGAGAGCAGCAUCGGGGACAGCAGCCAAAGCCGUCUCAGUAUCUUGGCCUCCACCUUGCACGUGAGCAGCAACAGUCGCCCCGGUUACAUGGAAAGGACCUGCCCGCUUCAGCGCCUGGACCAAACCAAAAAACUCAUCCCCGUCUCGUCCCCAAAGACCAACGUGGCUUCGAUCACGCUGCAGAUAGCUGCCAUGCAGCUCAAGUGUGCCAAGAGGAACGAAAAGCAGAUCGAGAAGCCCAAGUGUAAUGCAGAUCUUCCAGAAUCAGACGCUGAGGUCAACGACACAGAGGAAGAGCUGGCAGACGGACUGGAGGGCAGCAGCGGCCAGGAAUGCGAUGAUGAUUCGGACAGUUCCUCUGCCACAGAUAGUUCCACUGCAUCAGUGGGUGCUUUAGCCAAGUCUCAGCUUCACACACGAUCACCUGAGUUGGCGGAGGAUGGGAGUGCUUCAGAUGCCCGUUUACAGGUUUUGGAGAAUAAGGUUCAGAUUGUCAGGCCAGCGUUGGUGCCAAGCUUGUUUGCCAAUAUGCCUCUGACUGUUUACUUUGGCACCACAAAUGAGAAAAUUGAGCUAUUACCAUGGGAGCAAAAAAAGCUGCUAAAAUGGAAGAUGUCCACCGUCACGCCGAUUGUUGUGAGGAAUGCCAUCGCCCGAUCCCACUUCAGAACCACAAGAAAAAAUCAUGAUUGGCUGGGCUGCUGGGGCCACCAUAUGAAAUCCCCAGCGUUUAAGACCCUCCGAGAAUAUCAAAAGCUGAAUCACUUUCCUGGGUCGUUCCAAAUCGGGCGCAAGGACCGACUGUGGCGGAACCUGUCGAAAAUGCAGACCCGUUUUGGCAAAAAGGAGUUUAACUUUUUCCCCCAGUCCUUUGUCCUUCCUCAUGACAUCAAGCUGCUGAAGGGAGCCUGGGCAGAAAGCAGCAAGCAGAAAUGGAUUGUCAAACCCCCUGCGUCCGCGAGAGGGAUUGGCAUCCAGGUCAUUCACAGGUGGAGUCAGCUCCCCAAGAAGCGGCCCCUGCUGGUUCAGAGGUACUUGCACAAACCUUACCUCAUUGGCGAGAGCAAGUUUGAUUUGAGGAUUUAUGUCUACGUGACGUCUUACGAUCCGCUGCGGAUCUACGUGUUUACAGAUGGCUUGGUGCGAUUCGCAAGCUGCAAGUAUUCAGCUUCCAUGAAGAGCCUUAGUAACAAGUUUAUGCACCUCACUAACUACAGUGUGAACAAGCUGAACACAGAGUACAAGCCCAACGGUGAUGAAACCGUCUGCCAAGGACACAAGUGGGCACUGAAGGCAUUAUGGGCAUAUCUGGGCCAGAAGGGAGUCAAUACGGACGCACUUUGGGCGCAGAUUAAAGAUGUGAUCGUUAAAACCAUCAUCGCCUCGGAGGCCUAUGUGAACAGCCAGCUUAACAUGUACGUAAGGAACCGUUACUCCUGCCACGAGCUCUUUGGCUUUGACGUCAUGCUCGACGAGAACCUCAAGCCCUGGGUCCUGGAGGUCAACAUCUCACCCAGCUUGCAUUCCAAUUCCAUGCUGGAUAUUAACAUUAAGGGACAGAUGAUUAGCGAUCUCCUGAACCUGGCUGGCUUUGUGCUUCCCAAUAAGGAAGAAGUGACUGCCAACUCAAAGGGUAGCAAUAGCAACAGCGGAGGGUCAAUUACCAGAGCGAUAAGCAGUAAUCUCGAGCUUUCUGCAGACGAGAAGCUGAAACGGGUUUACUUUCUGAGUCAGAAGCCAUCGAAUCUGGAGCCUGAAUACUUCGAUAACAUCUCCCCCACGGUUUCUCUGCUGUGUGAACAAUCCCAGUCUCUCCACGUAAACCAGGAGUUCAGUGCCUCGCUGCUAGAGAUCCUCACCCCCGAUGAUGUGCGCAUGUUAGUCGAGACGGAAGACGAGAACAAUCGUCGAGGGCAUUUUGAGCGUAUCUUCCCCUCCGUGGACUCCUCACGGUACCUGCGGUUUUUCGAACAGACCCGUUACUUUAACAUCCUGCUGGACCAGUGGGAACAGAAGUACGGUGUUCACAGGAAACCAGGAAUUGAGUUGCUGAGAGAGUUGACUCACAAACGGGUUCAUCAGGGGGUGUCUGUUAGCCCUACACACAUUUGGCGACCACCCAGAUUAUUACAAAACCAGAGGAUGGAGAUCAGCCUGAACAGCUUGUACAAGAUCCACAACUCCUUACUGAGCUCCGGUGCUAUUAUCGCAUCAAGGAAAGGAUUGAAGGGGAAGGAUUGUGAUGGUGAUGGGGUGACUCUAGUGGAUGGCCUGCCCUUGCCCACCUGUGAGAUUGGUUUUCCAAUCAACCAACCAACCAACAAACCAACCAAUAUCUAGCUGAGGAGCCAACAUGGAAGCAUUGCCUUAGCUGUCUACCUACCUACCUACCGCCCUGCAGACCUGUGCUCGCUUUCCAAGAGUCUACCUCAAAACCACACACAAAAAAAAGGAAUGAAAGAGGUUGAAGAAAGAAAAGCAGCCCUCGUAGAUUGAAGACGGCCUUUGUGCUUUCACUUAAGCCAAUGUGCGCUUUUACAUGGAACUCCUCCAACUCUGGGAUAAACACGAGGCACCUGACCCAGUCUGGCAACGCUUUUAAUGUCUGGAUACGGAAAAGUCAUUCUCAAAACCUCGAUAUCAAGCCGAAUGCAAAAAACGCCAUCCCCUUGUGUCAAACGAGAGAGCUCAAGUUGCUUGCCCAGGUAUGAUGGCUCUCUGAAACGAGCAGAGAGAGAGUGGGGGGGUGGUGGGGGCACUAAAGAUUUUUUUUCGCUAA